AUGGUAGCUGGAAUCAGGAAUUGCAACUUACAGUUAAAAGCUUCAGCUACAGCAGAUUUAAAAGGAAAACCAAAAUUCACAUCUGUACAGUGGAAUCCCCAUCAAAAUUGCAGCCAAAUAGCCACUGCUGUUGAUACCAGUAUCCGAGGUUGGGAUUUAAGAUCUAUGCAGCAAAUCUGGUUGAUUGAAGGAGCUCAUGGACAAUUAGUGCGAGAAUUUGAUUUUAAUCCUAAUCGACAAUAUUAUCUUGCAUCAUGUGGUGAUGACUGUCAUGCAAAAUUUUGGGAUAUAAGAAAUUCUAACAUUCCAGUUAUGAUUCUUUCUAAUCAUUCUCAUUGGAUUUGGACUAUUCGUUAUAAUCAUUUUCAUGACCAGUUAGUUUUAACUUCAAGCAGCGACUCUCGUGUAAUAUUAUCGCGGGUUGCAUCAAUUUCUUCAGAACCUUUUGGACAUUUAAUAGAAGAUGAAGAAACGUCAUCGGUAGAUGAUGGUGAUCAAGACAAGAAAGUGUUUCAGGAUGGUGUCAUUGCUACUUAUGAAGAGCACGAAGAUAGUGUUUAUUCCACAGAAUGGUCCAGUGCAGAUCCCUGGUUGUUUGCUUCGUUGAGUUAUGACGGUCGAUUAGUUAUCAACAAGGUUCCUCGUGCAGAAAAAUAUAGAAUUUUACUAUAGCAUGGAAAUAAACAGUACCCUUGGCAAUAUGUGUAAUUAUUUAAUGAGCUUUAAGUGCGCAAAGCAAUUAAUGUAGCAUGGAAAUAAUAGACAUGAAGCUAAUUAUUUACUAUGUAUAGGUAUAAGUAUCAAAUGGUUAAUUUAUGUAAAUUUUUUACUUGUCUUAUGUAUUUACAACACGGACAAAAAAUCAAUUUAAAAUUAAAUCUUUCCUUAUAUGAACAUAUGUAAAUUAUAUACAUAUAUCACAGGGUGGUCCAAAAGUCAGUUAACUGUGUGAAUUGCUCAGACAAGCUAUCAAAGAAUUAUAAGUAUUUAUAAUUUGCUAUGUCAAAACAUUGUAAUUUGUAUAUUGAACAAAAAUGUCGUACUUUUUAGCCAUUUCUGCAAAAUUUGUAAAUAAUAAAAUCUUCAAACAAGGCAGUAAUUUAGUCUUUACAAUUGUUAGCUGACUUUUGAGAUGAGAGAGGACCCAAAAGUCAGUUAACCAUUUAUAAAGGAAAGGUUGAACUUUUAAUUUGAUUAUUUAUGUACAGUACAAGGAAAGAUCUUGAAAUUAAUUUUUUUU